AGGCCAUAGCCUUGGAAACAGAUGCUAUAGACAACAGAGAUAAAAUGACAGAUCAUCUGUGUCUUGCUUUUGGAAAGAUUCACAAAAAAGUCCUACAUCACUGCGGGACAAGGAUUUUGUAUUUGGCGUUAUUCUCUUUUAGAAAGAAUUAAAUCUGAGGAAUGGAAGCCAUUUUUUAGAAUAAUGGAAGUUGUAAUAAUUGACUUAAGCUUGUGAAUGUGUCUGAAAAUGCUGAGGAUUUUAUGCAUACUGCUUGUUUUGUUAAAUCUUGCAGUGGCAGUUUUAUGUUCGGACGAGUAUAGCAGAGAGGAUUUUCCUGCUGAUUUUAUCUUUGGUUCUAGCACCUCUGCUUAUCAGGUUGAAGGUGCAGCAAGCGAGGAUGGGAGGAAACCAAGUAUUUGGGAUACUUUCGUUCACGAGGGGAAAAUGGGCGGGGUAACUGCAGAUGUGUCAGUUGAUCAGUAUCACAAAUAUAAGGAAGAUGUCAAACUCAUGGUUGAAACUGGUUUAGAUGCUUAUAGAUUUUCCAUCUCAUGGCCGAGACUCAUCCCGAAUGGAAGAGGACCGGUCAACCCCAAGGGCAUAGAGUAUUACAACAAUCUCAUCGACGAGCUUAUCAGCAAUGGCAUCCAGCCGCAUGUUACAAUAUAUCAUUAUGAUCAUCCUCAGGCUCUUGAGGACGAGUACAGAGCAUGGCUUAGUCCAAAUAUAGUGAAGGAUUAUACAGCUUUUGCAGAUGUGUGUUUCAGAGAAUUUGGCGAUAGGGUUUUGCAUUGGACUACUUUGAACGAGCCUAAUGUUCUUACGUUUUUCAGUUAUGACUUCGGCAUCUUGCCUCCCAGUCGAUGUUCCGCUCCAUUUGGAUUUAACUGUUCUCAGGGCAACUCUUCAUCUGAGCCAUACUUGGCUACUCAUCAUCUCUUAUUGGCCCAUGCAUCAGCUGCAACACUGUACAAGAAAAAGUAUCAGGCAAAGCAACAUGGAUUUAUUGGCAUAAAUCUCUUAACAGCUGGGAUUAAACCUCUAACAAAUUCUAAAGAGGAUUUACUUGCAGCUUCUAGAGUCACUGAAUUCUUUAUUGGCUUGUUUAUGGAUCCUCUAACGUUUGGUGACUAUCCUGACACGAUAAAGAAAAGAGUUGGCUUAAGACUACCGUCUUUCACCAAUCAGCAAUCCAAACAGAUCAAAGGUUCAUUUGAUUUCCUCGGAUUUAAUCACUACUUCUCACUGAUCGUUAAAGAUAAAUCCGCCAACUCUGAGUCCAAGCAAAGAGACUUUUUGGCAGACAUUGCAGUAGAAAUGAAAGUAGCUGAUUGGAACAUAACAGAAUCAUUUGAGUAUCCUAUAAGUGCAUGGGGCAUACAACAUGUGCUGGAGUACUUCAAGCAAGUUUAUGGCAACCCUCCAAUUUACAUUCAUGAAAAUGGCCAACGGACCAUGCGGACUUCAUCGUUGGAAGACACUUCGAGAGUCAAGUACAUGAGUGCAUAUAUGGGAAGUGUGCUUGAUGCUAUUAGGAACGGAUCAAACACGAGAGGGUAUUUUACAUGGUCUUUCUUAGAUAUAUUUGAGUUACUGGGUGGCUAUGAACCGUGCUUCGGACUGUAUUACGUAGACAUUGAUGACCCGGAACUGAAAAGAUAUCCUAAGCUCUCUGCUCAUUGGUACUCUCAUUUCUUGAAGGGAGGAAAAGUUAGUUGUGAUGGUGAUAUUCAGCUCUCAGAGUAUGCAUCUUCUGUUUCUGGCAAUCACUUGUUUCAGUAGAAUACUGCAGAUUGACAAUAAAAUAUGAAUAUAGAAGUCCAUCAUUCAUCUGGAAGUAUAUACCACAAUUGUUUACUUCAUAGUUGUUUGAUAUGUAUGUUAUAUUCAUAAAUUGUAAUGCUUAAUGUGUGGAAUCAUGUUUUGAAGGCAGCAGUACUGAUGAUUGUAAUUUUUUGAAGUGUUAUGUAGUACGGAAAUUUUGUCA